GUCCGAUUUCAGCUGGCCAUUUCAUAAUUAAUUCUUCUAACUACCUGGAAGAUGAAUAUGCCUCAAGACCUCAAGCCGCCGCGGAAGGUAGAGACCUCUCAAUCGUUUCCUUUGUCACGACUUCCUCCCGAGCUCCGUCACAUCAUCUGGAACUUCACUCUCCCCCAGCGGCAAGUUCACAAGGCAAUCGUGAGAUCAUGCUUCGACUCCAAUAUUCGUACCAAGGCAACUCAUAUCCUCUCGCCCCCACUGCCUGCUGCUCUUUGGACAUGCAGGGAGUCUCGUGCAUCAGCUCGCUUGAUUCAGACACGCUUUCCGCGCUGCCAAUGCGAUCCAAGCACUACAGCAUUUGGAUAUUUUAAUCCAAAGAGCGAUAUUCUAUAUAUCGACACGGCAAAUCCGAGUGACGACUGGUAUGCUCCUUGGGUUGACUUUACGAACUUCUGCAUGGUGGUUCUGCACAACUGUGAAUCUACUUUCGAGACUCGUAUCAAUCCCGCAGUGUCCAAGAUACUGUCAUGUCGACCAAAUAUUACUUUAUAUCUAAUGUACCUGUACUUUGACUAGGAGAUGGAGGUUAUCUUUUGUAGGAAUAUGUUGCGUUACCCUCCCAUGGACUUUAUCAGGCUCACGGAUUGUGUUCCUCUGCAGGAUUUAAGACUCGGGUGUUCUCGACCCUCGAGGUGUGAGAUGAUGAGAAAGUUAGCUGAUAGAACUGCACGUGGUACAAAGUUUAAUGAUCGUUUGACGUUGGAGAUUGCUGAAGCGAAGCUUUACUGUUGUUGUCCGAGCCCGAAACAAUCGAGUAUGAAGAACAGAUAUUGAUAUAGUGCUCUGUUUUGGUAGCGAAUAAAGAUCUCGUUUGAACA